CUCCGGAACACGAAGCGGGCUCGGCUAAUCUGUUGUAUACGACGGGCCGGUUUGCCACCAAGCAGCAGAUUUUCUGUUACAUCAUGCUGCUGUUGCAGGACAUGGAGCGUGACCGACAUUCGCACUGUGCUGCGGUUCAAAACCUCCUCCGAGGUUACGCGUUGCAGGUCUUUCCGGCGGCGUUGUCACAUGCUUCUGCGGCUGAGGAUGCGAACGGAGGAGAUGUCCCGUCCUCUAGCGCCUCUUCACCAUUUUCGUCCAAGAGCGGUGGAAAGACUACAUCUUCACAUAAAAAGUCUUCGGACAUGCGAGAUCGCAUCCUGAAGUUCCUCAUUCAGCAGACGUUGCACGUGAGCGAUCAGCUGCGUGACAAGAUCUUAGCGAAGGUUGUGUACAGUGUGGUUCGCAAUCUCGAACAACUCGUAGAAGAGACAGGCUUUCCGCUCUACUAUGAUGCCGAUGCCGACCAGCAAAAGGCAGUAGACUUGGAUGUGAAACUGCAAGUGGGAGGUGCUAGUGGUAACGGCGCAGGUGGAAGUAGUAAAAAAACGCCCCAGGUCCAAGGUAUUCACGUAUGGUCCUCAGUGGACGACCUGUCCGAGGGCGAUUUCCACAGUGCUUCUGCUUUUCUAACUGACGCUAAAAGCGCCGCAGAGG